AUGUCGCUCUCGUGGGGCAAACCAGAGCGUAACCCCGAGCUCCCGGGGAGCCGGAGCCAGCCCUGCCGCUGGUCCCAGCCUGCUUAUCCCGCUGUUUCCAAGCUGCUCGCCCCGGUGGUCCCAAGCUCCCGGCCCCGGGGCUCUCCGCAGCGCGGCGCGGCGAAGAUGGGCGAAGGGAGCAUCACCAAAUUCUUCCAGAAAAGGUCGCUCCUCCGCUUCGUGCAGAAAUAUCAGCCCCUGGGAAGCGGCGAGCCGGAAGAGGAGCCCCAGGAGGAGUGUGAGCUGAAAAUCAUCCAGCAGGAGAAGGAGGUGGCAGUCCUGCCCCCCAAGGAUGCCUGCAAAUGCCACAAGGAGGACUUGGCCAGAGCUCUGAACGUUGACUUACAGACUGGACUCUCUGAGAUUUCCGUGCUCCAGCGCCGGUCAAAACACGGCUGGAAUGAAUUCUCAGUAGAGAACACGGAGCCAAUAUGGAAGAAAUAUCUGGACCAGUUCAAAAACCCCCUCAUCCUCCUGCUGCUGGCCUCAGCUCUAGUGAGUGUCAUCACCAAGGAGUACGAGGAUGCCGCCAGCAUCACCAUGGCCGUGCUCAUCGUGGUCACCGUGGCCUUCAUCCAGGAAUAUCGCUCGGAAAAGUCUCUGGAAGAGCUCAACAAGCUGGUGCCCCCCGAGUGCAACUGCCUAAGGGAAGGAAAACUGCAGCACCUUCUAGCACGAGAGCUGGUGCCUGGAGAUAUCAUCUACCUGUCUGUGGGUGACAGGGUUCCUGCAGACCUCAGGCUCAUCGAGGUUACAGAUCUGCUGGUGGAUGAAUCCAGUUUCACUGGAGAAGCUGAGCCUUGCAACAAGACUGAGGGUGUCCUGCUGGAAGCUGGGGACAUCACCACGCUGAGCAAUGUGGUUUUCAUGGGGACCCUGGUGCGAUACGGGAAGGGCAAAGGCGUGGUUAUUGGCACAGGUGAAAAUUCCCAGUUUGGCGAGGUGUUCAAGAUGAUGCAGGCUGAGGAGACUCCCAAGACACCUCUGCAGAAGAGCAUGGACAGGCUGGGGAAGCAGCUCACCCUGUUCUCCUUUGGGAUAAUUGGUUUGAUAAUGCUCAUUGGCUGGCUGCAAGGGAAGCGUCUCCUCAGCAUGUUCACCAUUGGAGUCAGCCUGGCCGUGGCUGCCAUCCCCGAGGGCCUGCCCAUCGUGGUCACCGUCACCCUGGUGCUGGGAGUGCUGCGCAUGGCCAAGAGAAAGGUGAUUGUGAAGAAGCUGCCCAUUGUAGAAACCUUAGGUUGCUGCAAUGUCAUCUGCUCGGAUAAGACGGGCACCCUGACUGCCAACGAGAUGACGGUGACGCGGCUGCUGAGCUCGGACGGCUGCCAGGCUGAGGUCAGUGGGGUGGGCUACAAUGGAGAAGGAAAUGUUUAUCUUCUGCCAUCCAAGGAGAUCCUUAAAGAAUUUUCCAACGUCUCCAUUGGGAAACUCGUGGAGGCUGGCUGUGUAGUCAAUAAUGCUGUUAUCAGGAAAAACAGUGUGAUAGGACAGCCCACAGAAGGAGCUCUCAUUGCCCUGGCAAUGAAGAUGGAAUUAGCUGACAUAAAGGACAUUUAUGUAAGAAAGAAGGAAAUUCCAUUCAGCUCUGAGCAGAAGUGGAUGGCUGUGAAAUGCACACUGAAAAAUCAGGAUCAGGAGGAUAUUUACUUUAUGAAAGGAGCAUUUGAAGAAGUUAUCCAGCACUGCACUCUGUACAACAGUGGUGGCAUCUCAUUGUCACUCACACCCCAGCAAAAAGCCCUCUACCAGCAGGAAGAAAAGAAAAUGGGCUCCUCAGGACUUCGAGUACUUGCUUUGGCUUCAGGUCCAGAACUUGGCAAACUAACAUUUCUAGGUCUGGUUGGAAUAAUUGAUCCUCCAAGGGCUGGGGUGAAAGAAGCUGUUCAAAUCCUGUUUGAGUCUGGAGUGUCAGUGAAGAUGAUCACUGGAGAUGCCCUGGAAACAGCUGUAGCUAUAGGACAAAAUAUUGGUCUCUGCAAUGGGAAGUUGAAAGCCAUGUCUGGGGAGGAGCUGGACCAACUGGCAGAGGCAGAGCUCUCCUCCACUGUCCAAAAUGUUUCCAUUUUCUUCAGAACAAGUCCAAAGCACAAACUAAAAAUAAUAAAGGCCUUGCAGAGGGCUGGUGCCGUGGUGUCAAUGACAGGGGACGGUGUCAACGACGCCGUGGCCCUGAAAUCCGCCGACAUCGGGAUCGCCAUGGGACGAGCAGGGACAGACGUCAGCAAAGAGGCUGCCAACAUGAUCCUCGUGGAUGAUGACUUCUCAAAAGUCAUGAAUGCAAUAGAAGAGGGAAAGGGAAUAUUUUACAACAUAAAAAAUUUUGUCCGGUUCCAGUUGAGCACGAGUAUUUCAGCUCUGAGCCUAAUUACCCUGUCAACAGUGCUCAACCUACCCAACCCACUCAAUGCUAUGCAGAUCUUAUGGAUCAACAUCAUCAUGGAUGGGCCACCAGCACAGAGCUUGGGGGUUGAACCUGUUGACAGGGACACCAUCAAGCAGCCCCCCCGCUGCAUCACGGACACCAUCCUCAGCAAAUCCCUGAUCCUGAAAAUCUUCAUGUCAGCAAUCAUCAUCAUCAGUGGAACUCUCUUUGUCUUCUGGAAGGAGAAUCCAAAAGGGGGCAUAACUCCUCGAACAACAACUAUGACUUUCACCUGUUUUGUGUUUUUUGACCUCUUCAACGCCCUGACAUGUCGCUCUCAGACAAAGUUGAUAUUUGAAAUUGGCUUUUUCCGAAACCGCAUGUUCUUGUAUUCUGUGCUUGGGUCAUUUUUGGGACAGCUGGCUGUUAUUUACAUCCCUCCACUACAAAAGAUCUUCCAGACAGAGAAUUUAGGAGUGUUAGACCUGCUGUUCCUCACCAGCCUGGCUUCCUCAGUGUUCGUGGUGUCCGAGCUGCUCAAACUCUGUGAAAAGCGCUGCUGCCCCCCAAAGCACACAAAGGGACGUCACAACUGA